AUGAAGCCCCUCAAAGCGUGCCAUGAGUGCCGAAGAAGUAAGCGGAAAUGCACCCGCCGAAGCGGCCAAGUCGGAGACUCGUGCGAUCACUGCCAAGUCAGGAAUCUGAAGUGCACAGCUUCCUUGGCCAAUGUCCCGCCCCGAGGCCAUGCCCUGCUGCCAAAUUUGAAUCCCCGACCGCAUCAGGAGAAUUCGAUCGACGUAUCUGUUGACGUCGCUGCUCGCCUUAUUGAUUACUACCUCACCAAGCUUCACAAUCGACCUCAUAGUUUGUUCCACCCAACUACCCUAAAGAAACAGGUACGAGACGGCUCUAUCAAUAAGGCUCUACUGCUCUCUAUUUGUAGUAUGGGAGCCAGAUUCGACACGGAUGACGAGAUUCGCUCUCUGGAAAAUACCUAUAGUAACGAGUCUAAGCGAUUGCUUUUGGCUGAUUUGGAGAACAUUUGUAUCGAGAAUGUGCAGACAUGUAUCCUGAUUGCUAAUUUCUACGCUGCCCAUCUAAACCCGUCUUCUGAAGCCCUAUUCUUCCGUAUCGGCGUCAACUUGUUGCAAGUCAUGGAUGUUGGGACUUCUUCAGCGGCCAGGACAUUGAUAGAUCGCGAGAUAAGGAUAAGGACGUGGUGGACGCUAUACAUGGCUGAUCGCUGGUCAUCCUCUAGUCUUGGACUGGCACCUCAGAUCCGAGACUCCGAUAUUGCUGUUGAUCUUCCAAUGCAUGAGCCUAUCUUUGAGUCUCUCUCUCCAGACGAGACUAAACUGAACGUCUCCUGGCAGCCGGGACUUUGGGCGCACAAGAUUUCUCUUGUUCGCCUGUUUGGACCGAUUAAGGAUCUCAACCAUCGCAGUGUCUAUGGAAACAUCGAUCAAGACGAGAUUGAAUCGACUGUUAUGUCCCUCUCUAAAUUGCUAGAUGAUUGGGAAUGGACAAUCCCUCCGAACGUCAGGAUGAGUAUAGAGAAUCUUGAGCGAUAUAUCACAGUUGGUCAGGGGGGCGCCUUCAUAGCUCUCCAUUUGGGGUAUCAUCACUACGCGACGCUGCUAUACUUUCGCUUCCUCGAGCCCGCGGCAUCAUCAUCGCCUCUAGCGGCGAUAUACCGUGCUAAAUGCAAGUUCCACGCUUCAUCAUACAGCGAUCUUGUGAAAUUAGCUCGUCAGAAAGAAAACUGCGAAGUCAUUUACCCAACUGUCGGCCACAUGGCGGUAGUAUCAUCUUCGGUCCUGCUCCAUACACUUCUGUUCAGCGUGGAAGAGGAUGUCCAACCUGCACGAAAUGCCCUCAAGUCUAACUUUGAGGCGAUUCUGGAACUACGACGUUACUGGCCAAACACUGAGUCCAUGAUUCAUCGACUUGUUACCUUUCAAAAUUAUUGUCUACUUUCCAACGAUUACAGAACACAUACACUUGACGGGUGGAUGCUACGUUUCUUAAUACAGUACUCCCUUCCUCUUGGUGAGAAGGAAGUUGCACCCGUAAUAUCGGGCAUGGAUCUUGAUAUGAACAGUUUUUCAGCUCGUACUCAAGCGGUGACUGAACAGGGUAGAUACACUGCAUUUGAUAUUGAGGACUUGGUGCUAGAUGGCAUAAACAUGUUUGCUGUUGACGAAAUUGUUAGGAAUUGA